AUGGCAGCAUCGUACCUGCAGCCAAAGAAGCCAGGCAAGCUGCAAUCUGCUUCAUUCUACGUUUGGAGGUGGUGCGAGAGCGGACGUUGUGUCGUCGUGAUCAUGGGCGGCCACGGUCGGGUCCCAAAGAGCUGCUGCGAACUUCCAUGGCGGCCAGGAUCGUACCGCACUGAGUCGGCGCAAAUGUCGCAAUGGUCAGAAUCUCUCUGUAUUCUUAAUAUAUCUUUACACGCUCUGUGGUAUCCCCGUUGCGAAAAAUGGCGUCGUGAUGUUGUCGUUGGCGCGAGCAAUUCGACCGCGACCGCUCGCAUCGCCAGAUCGCCCCAGCGAGUCGCGCAGUUCAACACCAUGGCGACAAGUCUUGGUCGCUGCGAAGUGAGCGCUGCGCGUGGAUAUUACUUCGGGUCCCUCUGCCUGCCGUUCGUACGCCGCAACCCAGGCACGAGGCGCCAUAAUACAAGGUACGGCAUUAAGAGGUGGACACAUACCACUCCUGGCAUAGAUAUAUGUGUCAGAUAUGCUUCAGUCUGCUCUAAGAAGCACGGCGUUGUGGCGUCGUCGUCUCACCCUUUCCCUAUGCCUGCUGCCCAAAACAGCCUUUCGCGUUUCUCUGCCUCCUCAGCUUCUCCCCUCUCCACAGUAAAACUCUUGCGCAAAGCAUACCUCUUCACGUACCAUCAUUUGAUACACGGUGAUCUCUUUCAACCCUCGCAGCGUCGCUAUCCCGCGCCUUCCCAAUGCUUCUCGCCGUCCCCCGUCGCUCUUCCGCCUCAUCAACUCUCCUCCUCCAUCCUCAAGCUCCCCCACAAGCACGACCACCAUCGCCACUUCAAGACUUCAUCGCCCUUUCUUGCGCAUCCCAGCAUCGUCUUCUCGUGUCCUUGCCAGGCCAGAAGCCUCCUCUACGACUUCCGCCCGCCUCCCUCCGACCGCCCUUCGCAGCGUCGUUUCCUUUCCACCCACUCGCGAUCCGGCUCAACGCCAAUACAUGCAUACAGCGCAGUAGAUUUCCCUAGUAUCCCCACAUUCCACCUGCGCCUCGGCGCUUCCUCCGCUGAGCUGACGAAGAUUCUCCAAAGAAAACGAGUCCGUCACCGACUCCAAAGGCGGGCCACGACGAUCCGGAUCCUCCAUACUGUGCUGUUUCCAAGGUUUGAGACGUCGCAUGCUGUCGUUGACAAUCUAGCUGCAGAAUCUGCUCUUGCCGCCUCGGCGCCUCCCAGGGAUAAAGGGAAAGCCGUACCCGAGGGCUGUCCGGGAACCUUCAGUCUUACUCCAGACUCGUAA